CUCUAUAUUCGUGCUAAAGCGUAUUUGUGAGUUAAAUCGUUAACUUACGGCACACGAAUCAUCAUAUUGAUAUUUCAAUACAUCAAUCCAACUUAAUUCUAAUUUAAAAAAAAAAAUUGUAAAGAACAAUGUCUACCAGCGAAUUAGCUAUUGUUUAUUCUGCUCUUAUCCUCGCUGACGAUGGGAUUGAUAUUACUGCUGAUAAAUUACAAGCUUUAACAAAGGCGGCUGGUAUUGAUGUUGAACCAGUUUGGGCAAAUUUAUUCGCCAAAGCUCUGGAAGGAAAAAGUGUUAAUGAUCUAUUAAUGAACGUCGGUAGUCCUGGUGCAGUUGCUCCAUCCGGUGGUGGUGCUGCUGUUGCAAGUGGCGGUGCUGCUGAAGAAAAGAAAGAAGAAGAAAAACCAGCUGCUGAAGAAAAGGAAGAAUCCGAUGAAGAUAUGGGAUUCGGUCUUUUCGAUUAAAAAUAUUAAAGUAUACAUAUUUCAAAAUUUAA